GAUCCCGAGAACAUGCGACGCGAGAAGAUGGCUUCGAGCACCGCUCGUCGAGUGACUGAUUGUGGACAAUGUGGAGUCGAUUCCGAUGCUCGAUGGAUUAGCACGCUAAUGCGAUCCGCCGUGGAGACGUCGUGGCAGCGCUCACCUGCUCUCCAUGCUGCGAGGGGGGCAGAUAUUUGGAAGAGGUGGUGCAGAGGUCCCGUGAAACGGAAAAGGUGAACGCCGGGUCGGUGCCGGUUGACAGAGAGAGACAGAGAGAGACAGAGAGACAUGGAGAGCAGGGGCUGGUGGGCCUGCUGCUGCUGUCGACGGGAGAAGUGCAGGGCGAGUGAGCCUUUAGAGGUUCAAGCGGGGCUCACGGGCAAGCGAGGGACGGAGCGAUUCCGGGAGAGUUCGUCGCUUCUGUUGCCGCUCGUGAGAUUGUUUGAGUUUCCUCGACGAAACGCAUGAACAAAUGGCCAGUCGCUUCGGCCUGCUCUGUGCCACAUGUUGGCCACCCGCAUCUCCACACCCUCUGCACUGUCUGUCGCCCGGAGAUUCCGCGACCGAGCGCCUGCGUGGGUUGAGGAGUGGCGAUUUUUUUUGCCCGAUUCCGUUGAAGCGCUCUCCUGGCUUGCCGCGAACAAUCUGCUGCAGUCUUGAUAAUCGCCGGAGUCAGGAGUUUUCGAGCCCACAUUACAAUGCUGCACACACAAUUAAGGGUGGUAAUCGGCAAUUUAUGAAGGUCGAGGCGAACAAUUUGAUGAGUCGGCUGGCAUUUACAAAGGCACAAGCUGCGAGUCUUGAUGCUGCCAAGACAACUCUCAAUUCUACGUCUGGUAAACCGUCGCCUUUGGGUGUUUCUAAACUGGACGGAGCGGUCAAUUUUGCACUCUUCUCCGAGCACGCGACCAAUGUGACCCUUUGUUUAUAUAUCAAUAUUUCAGACCCAACGAAACCAGGAGAACCAACCGCCGAAAUUGUCCUAGAUCCGCUAAAGAACAAGACUGGCAACGUUUGGCACGUCUGUGUUCAGGACAUUCCUUUGAAAGGUGUACUGUAUGGCUACCGCGUUGACGGACCUAAAGGCUGGGACAAAGGCCAUCGUUUUGAUAACACCAAGGUGCUUAUUGAUCCUUACGCCAAGUAUGUCGAUGGCCGAAGAACUUUCGGCGAUCAUACGAAGAAAAACACUCCUUUUCUUGGAGCAUAUGAUCUUACAUCUGAGAAGUUCAACUGGGGCGAUUCUUACAAACUACCCGCCAUACCAGAGAAUGACUUGGUGAUAUACGAGAUGAACGUUCGGGCUUUCACCGCUGACGAGUCUUCUGGUGUGGACCCAAGAAAGCGUGGAAGCUACCUGGGGCUAAUCGAAAAAAUUCCUCACCUGGUUGAACUUGGUGUGAAUGCGGUGGAGCUUUUGCCCAUAUUUGAGUUCGACGAAUUUGAAUUUCAACGAAUGAAAAAUCCACGUGAUCACUUGAUCAACACUUGGGGUUAUUCCACAAUAAAUUUUUUUGCUCCCAUGACGCGAUAUGGUAGCAACUCGGAGGGCCCUAUCAGAGCAUCUCUGGAGUUGAAACAGAUGGUGAAAGCAUUACACGACGCAAAUAUAGAGGUUAUACUUGACGUCGUCUAUAACCACACCAAUGAAUCAGAUGACAAAACGCCGUAUGUCACAUCAUUCCGUGGAAUCGAUAACCUGGUUUAUUAUAUUGUCGACGUGAAUAGCUAUGUCCAACUUUCGAAUUAUUCUGGAUGCGGAAAUAGUUUUAACUGCAAUCAUCCCCAAGUCAUGGAACUUGUGUUGGCAAGUCUUCGACAUUGGGUUACUGAAUAUCACAUCGACGGUUUCCGCUUUGACUUGGCGAGCUCACUAUGCAGAGAUACUAACGGCGCUCCGCUAUCUUCCCCUCCUCUUAUAAAGGCAAUGGCCCAUGACCCUAUUUUGUCAAGGUGUAAGCUCAUUGCGGAACCCUGGGAUUGUGGUGGUCUUUACCAAGUCGGGGGCUUUCCAAAUUGGGACAGGUGGGCAGAAUGGAAUGGGAUGUACCGGGACGAUCUUCGGCGAUUUAUAAAAGGAGACCCUGGAAUGAAAUCUGCUUUGGCCACUCGUCUUUCUGGUUCUGCCGACCUUUAUCACAAUCAUAACCGAAGGCCUUAUCACGGCAUCAACUUCAUUGUCGCCCACGAUGGAUUUACCCUCUACGACCUAGUCGCUUACAACUCCAAGCACAAUGAAGCGAAUGGUGAACAAGGAAGAGACGGAAGCAACGAUAAUUUCAGCUGGAACUGUGGCGCUGAAGGUGAGACCGACGACGCUGGAGUUAAUGCUUUGCGAAACAGACAACUGAGAAACUUCCAUCUCGCAUUAAUGUUAUCACAGGGAACACCAAUGAUGCUCAUGGGGGAUGAAUACGGACACACACGUUAUGGAAACAACAACAGCUAUGGACAUGAUACAUUCCUCAACAAUUUUCAAUGGAAAAAGUUGGAGGAGAAGAAAAACAACUUGUUUCGAUUUUUCUCUGAGGCUAUCAAAUUUCGUCGCCACCAUCCUCUUCUUGGACGUGAUUGCUUCUUGUCGAAUAGGGAUAUCACAUGGCACGAAGACAAUUGGGGCAAUCACGAUAGCCGUUUUCUGGCUUUUACGCUGCACGCAACGACUUCAAAACCUUGCGGAGAUUUGUAUGCAGCCUUCAAUGCUCACACCUACUUCGUAAAAACUGUCUUGCCACGACCACCGGAUGGCAAACGCUGGUUUAGGGUGGUUGAUACAAACCUUCCAUCUCCAGCUGACUUUGUCUCUGAGGGGGUUGAAGGAGUCGAGGAGAGCUACAACAUAGCACCAUUCUCCAGCAUUCUUCUGCUUGCAAAACCUUGAAACUGAUAUCUUCCUGGUCGGAGAUAGUACAUCAUGUAAAACACCCAUGUGUGCUGUUAUGUAUCUUUUAUACAAGCACGCACCGUUUUUGGCUCUCAUUGUGUGUGGAAUGUGCUCUAUGUAGCCUCCGGAAAUCAACGAUUUACACUAUUUUGUGAGACUAGAGAGCAACGGGAAGUAGUAUAGAUGGUAUGUUCAACUGUACUUAGUACCUGAGAUAUAAACGGAGGAUCUGUAUGCGUUAACCCUUCGUUACUUCUUGGGUUCAAUGUUGGGCUGCCUUUUUAAUGGGUCAUGUUCAGAUAUCUUAAUAUGAGAUCAGUAAUGGUUACCAUAUCCUUAAUGUGUAUCAUGAGUCAGGUUUCCUUAAGUCAUUGCUUUUAGGAUCAAAGCACAUUUUUAAGAUGGGGUAGUCUACCUUUUAUCAAGCAUAUUCUAGAGAAUCGAGAACAAUGAAACCAAAAAUUUUCAAAGGAUUAUCUUGACUAACCUUCAUAAAUCAUACAAAAU